AUGUCGUCAACAGCGUCUGCCUUUACCUUUAUCCCCCUCGGGGCCAUCAUCCAGGAAUUCCAGGUUGCCGGCCAGAACAUUGUGUUGGGCUUCCCUACCCAAGAACAAUAUAUCGAGUACAACACCCCGCACUUUGGCGCAACUAUUGGGCGUGUCGCCAACCGAAUCAAGGAUGCUGUCAUCCAUAACCUCAACGGCCGGGAUUAUACUUUCGCAAAGAACAACGGACCCAACUCCCUGCAUGGUGGUGUGAACGGGUGGGGUAAGCGUAUUUUCGAUGGGCCACACACUGUGAAACACAACGGCAAGGAAGCGUUGUUGUUCAAGUACCUUAGUAAAGAUGGCGAGGAGGGAUAUCCCGGUACCGUUGAGCUAAGAGUGUGGUAUACGGCGAGUAAGGAGGACAUUGACGGUCCUGCUCCCAAGACAGUACUCUCGCUCGAGUACGAGGUGGAAUUUGUCGGCGAUGAGUGCGAGGAGACAGUGAUUAACCUGACGAACCACAGCUACUUCAACAUCGCCAAUGCACCAACCGUGACUGGAACCAAAGCUCAGCUGUUUACGCAAAGCUACCUCCCUCUCGAUUCCACCGGCAUUCCUAUUGGCAACAUCGAGGCAUUCCCCCGGGAAGUCACCGCUCCAUUCGAUGUCGGACCCUUUGAGCCCCAUAUCGACGAUGUCUUCGUGAUGGAAAGCGACCCGGAGAAGAUACCGCUGGACACGCGUGGACAGUCACUGAAGCUCCUGGCGCAGUUCAGCCACGCCACAACGAGGAUGCACCUGGAGGUUCACAGUACCGAACCGGCGUUCCAGUUCUACACGGGCAAAUACAUUGACGUGCCUGCAGUGGAAGGGGCCCCAGCUCGGGUUGAGGGCGCGGGAUUCUGUGUGGAGCCGAGUCGCUUCGUUAACGCCGCCAAUGUGCCCAAGUGGCGAUCUAUGUGUGUGUUGAAGCGUGGAGAGAUUUUUGGGUGCAGGAAUGUGUACAAGGCUUGGAAGGAUUGA